ACAAUCUUUAAUUUUUCAUAUAGAAAAUUAAAAAUAAAAUAAAAAGGAUAAAAAAAAAAGAAGCAAGGAGGACGUUAAAUUAACUCCAUAGUCCACACAAGACGCACCGCGUUCUUUUUAUCCUUCCUCUCUAUUCUCUCCUCACUCCUCUCCUUUCGUCUCCUUUAUUUAUUUAUAAUCCUUUUAAAUCUCCUCUUCUUACAAACUAAUUCUCUUUUUUCCUCUCCCUUUUUUUUUUUAAUUAAAAUCCUAAAACCCAAUUCAAUUUAUCAAAUUCCAACCGAAUCUAAUCCAAAAAUCCCAUCCACUCAAUCAUAAUUAAUUAAUACAUAAACCAAUCAUCUAAUCAACCCAAAAUCUCCAAUCAAUCAUAAUCUUUUCAUCCACAUGCAACUAUGACUCGUCGAUGUUCUCAUUGCUCUAAUAAUGGCCAUAACUCCCGCACUUGCCCUACUCGUAGCAACGCCGCCGGCGCCACAAACUCCUCCCCAAAUAGCACUUCUUCCAAUGCCGGCGGAGGUGGCGGUAGCGGCGGCGGGGGUGGGGGUGGGAUUAGAUUGUUUGGGGUAAGAUUAACAGAUGGUUCAUUCAUGAAGAAGAGUGCAAGUAUGGGAAAUCUUUCUCAUUAUCACUCUAAUUUUUCAUCUCCCAAUAAUAAUAAUACUACUUCUCCUUCGUCUGAUCCUCUUCGUCUUGAUGGGUAUCUUUCUGAUGAUCCUAAUCAUGCUUCUUGCUCUUCUAAUCGUCGCUCCGAGAGGAAAAAAGGUAAACCAUGGACUGAGGAUGAGCAUCGUUUAUUCUUAAUUGGUCUUCAGAAGUUGGGUAAGGGAGAUUGGAGAGGGAUAGCUCGCAACUAUGUGGUGUCAAGAACUCCUACCCAGGUGGCUAGUCAUGCUCAAAAGUAUUUCAUCCGACAGAGUCAUGCCACUCGUAGAAAGAGGAGAUCAAGCCUUUUUGACAUGGUUCCUGAUAUGGUAACUGAAGAGCCCGAGACUGUUCCUGAAGACCAAUUGCUUCCUCUUCCGUCCGAGCCUACAGAAACCGAAAAUACAAGUUCAAUGCCAUCAUUAGAUCUCUCCCUUUGUACGGAGACGGAGCCCAUGGAAGCUACAUCUACAGAAGAAGUUAAAGAAAACGACGAGCCACUGGCACUUCAAACCAACCUAACACCUACUAUUCCCACAUUCUUUGUACCCGUUCACUAUCAUUCCUUCUGGCCACAAGCUAUCCAUCCGGAAGAAGAUAAUAAGGGUGAAACCUCGCAACAUCAAGUCCUGAAGCCAACCCCAGUGCUCCGUAAGGAUCCUGUGAAUGCCGAUGAACUUGGAAUUUCCCAACUCAAUCUAAGUGAGACUGAAAAUAAUAGCCAUAUAGUUCCCCCGCAACUCUCUCUAAAUCUUCUCGGCUCUCCAUCUCGACAAUCCGCAUUCCAUGUCAGUGUUCCGAUUGCCGUUAGCAAGUCUGACGUAAAUGAAGGUAAGAAUAGUCCAGUUCAAGCAACAUGAUGGAUUUGAGGAAAGUCGGGUGUUCCAGUUUUCGUUUUGUCCCGUGUAAUGUAUCUUCAUUGUAGAUGGGUAAUAGGAUGCUUGUUAGGGUCUGAAUAUCUAUGUCAUUUUGUCUCUGAACUUGUUAGAGUAAAUGUUAUUAGUUACAUUCUUUUUCCCUGUAAGGAAACUAAAAUUUUUUUAGAUAAUUGAAAACAAGAACUGAAAAGGGAAGUAAAUACCCCUCUUUGUACAUCA